AUGGCACAUCUGCUACAUUAUUUCCUCUCCUCCUUCUUCUUCCUGUUUCUCUUGGUGCCCUCUACGGCGCUGAGGGUAGCAACCGGCUCACCCUGCGCCUCUCUCUGCGCAAACGACGAUACCCCCGCUUCAUCAGCGACGAAUUUGUCGAGCGUGCCGGUUUGCGAUGAUGGGGAAUUUAGCUCGGACCCCCAGGGGCAGAAGAUCCAAAAGUGCUUGGCCUGUCUAGAGGAAAGCACUUUUGUGAAUGGCAACGAGAAUGACCAGAUGUGGUUCUUGUAUAACAUGAGAUACUCCGUCGGUUAUUGCAUCUUGGGUCUUCACAACGCUACUGGCGUUGGUUCCAACCCAUGCCAAACUACCACAGCGUGCGGCGCUCUUCAGGGUUCACUUCUGGAAGAUGAUGUGAACCCUGAAAACGAGUCGCAGUAUGGGUACUGUGAGUCUGGAGGCCGGCCUGUUAUUCCCUCGGACGAGUUUUCGCUUUGUCUUGCUUGUGUGCGCACGGGCGGCACUCAUGGGUAUCUUGCAAACUUCCUCAUCGCGCUCGAGGCUGGCUGCGAUCAAAAGCCAUCGCCUGGUCAGAAGCUCUCCCUCAAUGACACCAUAUUCACAAACACCACCAUUCACCGCCUCGAAGUUGCGCCCUCCAAGCCGGAAGACGACAACUCAGGACUCCCAGCUACCACGAUUGCCGCAAUCGCUGUUUCAGCUGUCGUCGGGAUCCUGCUUAUUGCAGGGUGUGGCUUCAUCCUAUGGCGGAAGUACUUCAGGAACCGCGAGGGGAGGAACUCCAGCGAAAAGAAAUUCACAAAGGGCUGGAUAAAGCGUACCAAAUUUGGAAAUUUCGGCGGAAGAAAGACGACAUCAUCUCUCGACUUCCGGUGCAGGACGCGUGUUACUCCCCUCGCGUCUAGGUUCGAUUUCCGAGGUGUAGGGCUCGAAGAGGAUGAUGUCCCCGCCGUGAGGAGCCCCGACAUGGUCAACGCGGAUGAGAAAGCCGAGCUGAGGAACCAGGAGGAGGAGAGACGUCGCCUUGAGGAGGAACGAAGGAUGUAUUUCGUGCAUCCCGGCGAUGCUCUAGGCUCUAACCCGGUUCUUGCUCAGCCUCAGUCUACCACCAGCUCGCCAAGCGCGCAGUACCCUUACCCUCCUCCCCAGCAGCCCCUCCCUACACCACCGACUUCUUCAAAACCAUCCCAAACACGCACCGUAACAACGACUCCCUCGUCCAACACCCGUCCACCAUAUACCCCCCCUCUCCGUCCCCGAAUGGGUUCCCUCAACGUCGUAACAACAACGCCGCCCACCUCAAGCCCACCACAGUUCCCCCGCUCAACGCACUCCUCCCCGCUACAGCGCCACUCUCCCUCCGCUCACUCCACGGCAACCCCAUCCUCCGCCACAUCCCAAGCACCGCUCCUCCCCGUCAAACUCUUCCCACCGCCACAGGCCGCGACGGCCUCCUCCAACAGCCCCAGCGAAGCCAUGGGCCCCGUGGUCCGCUGGUUGCAAGAACAGCGCGUGGCGAGGGAUAGCAGAGGCGGGAGCAUUAGGGAACGGUACCAAGACGAUGAGAAGGCGGCUGCGGAGCGGAGUAGGAAGAUUUCUUCGCCGCAAGCUACGAACUGGACGCCCGUCGAUCGGAGCGCGGGGGCGUUCCAGACGCAGAGGGCCGAGUAUGAGGAUCCCGGGAGGCAGUGGGAUAUAAGUAAUGUGAGGGGAGGAAACCACAGGACGCAGCAUAGCCGGAGCAAUGCGCGGUUGAUGGGCCAGCCUAGCGAGACGAGGAUUUUACCGACAAGUUUUGCGCCGCCGCCGGGGCAAUGA